UCACGGUGGGCUGUAAGCAUGGCGCCGCAGAAAGAGAAGAAACCUAAGAAGGCAACCUGGAAGUUUAAUUUGGACCUUACUCAUCCAGUAGAAGAUGGAAUUUUUGAUUCUGGAAAUUUUGAACAGUUUCUGCGGGAGAAGGUUAAAGUUAACGGGAAAACAGGAAAUCUCGGGAACGUUGUUCACAUUGAACGUUUCAAGAAUAAAAUCACAGUUGUUUCUGAGAAACAGUUCUCUAAAAGGUAUUUGAAAUAUCUUACCAAGAAAUACCUUAAGAAGAAUAAUCUUCGUGAUUGGCUUCGUGUGGUUGCAUCUGACAAGGAAACAUAUGAACUUCGUUACUUCCAGAUUAGUCAGGAUGAAGAUGGAUCUGAAUCUGAGGACUAGGUGAAGCCACCGCAUGUUUGGUGGCUUUGCUUACUAAAAAACAAAUGACUUUACAAGAGAAAGAGACAUCUAGAUACGGACUUAGUUUUGUGGUGAAUAAAGUUGUGCUUUGAAUGUUA